AUGUCAUUGGGUGGGACCUUGCUCGAGCAAGUUUAUACUUACCUAUUAUUGGCACCAUUGACACCCCGCAGGGCUCGUUCCCGUUCCGUGCGCGAGAUCUUAUCCAAGGCAUUUUGGAACGGACGGCAUACCUCCACCAGCCCUGGCACGAUAUCGAGUUCCUCGUCUAUUCGAUCGUCUUCAUCCUGUUCAUCAACCCCACGGGGCCAGACGGGCCGACUGGAAUGUCAAAGGAGGAGAAGUCGAGGGGGUUGGUACACACCCUUGCACCGUUCGCGGGGUUCUUUAAAAAGGCUCCCGAACUCGUCGGUACGGUCGCCAAGUACUGCGGUCUAGGCCUAAAGCAUUCAUGGAUUUAUCGUGUUGACGAGGGAGUGAUCUUUGGACCCAAGUGGACCACGGGCGAGUUGUCGCAUGAUGGGUUGAUUGGUGACUAG